AAAGAAAAAGAAGACUUCUUUGCCAAGAGGGACAAGAAGAAGAAGAAGAAGGAACGGAGCAACCGAGCAGCGGCUAACCCGGCGGCACAAGCGGCCGGUUGGGAGCCAGAAGGGGCGACGGAGGGAUGGGCGGGAAGCGGGCCUGGCGAUGGCUGGACAGGAACUGGGAUCAGGUCGGGGGAUGGUGGCAUCUCGGGCGUCGGGACCAGGUCCGGAGAUGGCAGGCUCACCAGAACGGGAACCAGGCCAGGAGAUGGUGGCAUCUUGGGCUCUGGGGCCAUCAAGGCUGUGACAAAGGAUGAAGAUGAAUGGAAAGAAUUUGAACAAAAAGAGGUCAGUUACAGUGGACUCAGAGUUCAAGCGAUGCAAAUAAGUGAAAAGGAAGAUGAUGAUAAUGAAAAGAGAGAAAAUCCAGGAGAUAACUGGGAAGAAGGUGGAGGUGGUGGAGGUGCAGAAAAAUCUUCAGGUCCCUGGAAUAAAACUGCUCCGGUACAGGCACCUCCUGCUCCAGUAAUUGAGACCCCAGAACUGGCAAUGCCUAGUGGUGUGUACAGGCCUCCUGGGGCCAGGUUAACCACAACAAGGAAACCACCACAAGGACCACCAGAAAUAUACAGCAAUAGGCAGUUCCCGUCCCUGCAGUCCACUGCCAAGCAUGUAGAAAGUCGGAACAGGUACUUAAAAUGAAUGCUACCUGGAUUAAAUGACCACAUAUGGCACAUCUACAUCUUAUUUAGGGACAUGAAUUUUUUUAAGUAAAUAAAGUGGGAAGAAAUGUAAAUGUUAUCAGAUGGAAACUUUUUUGGGGUGGCUUUUAAAGUAAAUCCCAGCCUUUUCAUCUCAAUGAGAGCACAACUGGCUUGAAUUUAGACCUCCACUUGGACUUGCUUCUCCACGCUGUCUGACAAACUAUAUAAGGGACUCUGGGAGGGCAGUGACUUGCCACACACAUCUUUCUUUACUUGAUCUAAUCAGACCUACUCCCCUACAGUAGA